UCAUCCAGUAGACAGGAUUGAGGUGUACAUAAGACCUCAGAAUCAUAAACGCUGUUCGCAACCUCGAACAAGACUUCCCUCAACAUAGUCCACCUCAUUCCUCUCACCUCGAUCACACGCAAACCAUGGCACCGGUCCACAGAGUCGCCGUAAUACAAAUGUGGCCCAAGCCCAUGGCCAUCGAACGCAACUACAAAACAGCCUGCGACUUCAUCCGCGCCGCCGCCCUUCAAGGCGCCACACUCGCUGUCCUGCCCGAGUACCAUCUCCUAAACUGGCUCCCCAACGAUAGCAAAUUCAAAGCAGCCUGCGCAUCGUGGAAGACCUAUCUCGAUGGCUACGUCUCCCUGGCCAAAGAAUGCAACAUCAACAUUGUCCCCGGCACGAUCGUAGAACUGCACAAUGCCGGAAGGGACGAUGAAUGUCUUCUCAACGUGGCGUACUUCAUCACGAAUACGGGAGAGAUUGCGGGCAAAUAUGUCAAGAAAAAUCUUUGGGGGUCGAUUGAGCGGUUGCAUCUCACUUCCAGCUCUUCCGAUCCUCACCCGGUGUUUGAUACACCGCUUGGAAGAGUGGGAAUGUUGAUCUGUUGGGAUCUUGCGUUCCCGGAGGCCUUUAGAGAGAUGAUCUCUCAAGGCGCCAAAUUGAUCAUCAUACCUACGUUCUGGACGCUGUCGGAUUGUUCGAAAGCCGGGCUGGCCAUCAAUCCCACGUCCGAGGCUCUCUUCCUCGACUCGAUGCUGACGGCUCGAUGUUUCGAAAACACAUGUGCAAUCGUAUUCGCCAAUGCAGGCGGACCACCGGGCAAAGGCUAUGCCGGGCUUUCUCAAGUCUGCGUUCCGUAUGCUGGAGCAUUGACGAGGUUGGGAAGCUCAGCAGAAGGAAUGGCGGUUGUUGAUGUCGAUAUGCAGAUCGUUGAAGAUGCCGAGGAGAAUUAUCAGGUGCGAGCGGAUCUUGCGAGAAGUGAUUGGCAUUAUGAGUACAGACAUAGCAAAGCAGAUGCGAAGCUGUAG